GUGUGACGUCAGAAGGUCCGUUUGGUGUCUGAAGUUUAGACACUACCGUUCUGUUCUGGUAGUGGACACUACAGACAUGGAAGAUAAUGAGGAGCCGCUCCACAGCAACACUCGCUCCUCUAGCCCUAUACUGGGCUCCAGGCCUGGCAUCCCUACCCCGCCAAUCGUUACACCUCUGCCCGAAACGCCUGUAGGGCAAACCUGGUCCCGAAGCCCGCCCGCUUUACUCCAGCUUCCUCCCGGGUUCCAGCUCCGUUUUGAUCGGAACAUCAAGCAGGCUUUCUACAACACAGGAGCUCUGUUGUUUGCGGCCGGAUGUUGUGGGGCGGCUGUGCUCGUCUACUUUAUCCUGGAGGCCUUCCUGCGGCCGCUGCUAUGGGCCGCUCUAUGCGGCACCUUUCUUCACCCGUUUAAGCACUCGUUGACUGGAGUAUGCCGCCGCUGGCUAUGCCGGCUCCAGCGUCAGGGCUCAUCCAUUGUACUCGCAACUCUGUUGCUGCCCGUCAGCUUUGUCAAUCGCAGCCUGGAGGCUCUGGGUGAAUUUAUUGCCCGCAGGCUGCGGGUAAUGGUGCCAGUCCUGGCUGGGGCACCCCUCUUGUACCUUAUAUACUUGGCCGGAAGCUACCUCGGAGUGCGUGAGCUAGUGUCUCAUGUGUGUGGACUGAUCUGCGGGGCUCUGGAUUACUUCAGCACACUGUGGAUUUGGACACUCUUCAUUGGGUAUGCUCUGGCAGUCUCGUUCAAGUGGAAUCCAAAUACUCAGCGCUGUCUCACUGCCUGUUCCAUUCCUGUGUGGCUCAUACUUCUCUUCCAUUUGGCAUCUGUUGCUGGGUCUUGGAAAAUUCCAGUUUUUCUUUUGGUAGUAUUCCUGAUGACAGUGGGUACGCUGCAUGAGAAACAGCCUGUGCAGGGGUCAUCAGCCACUGUACUUCCUGGCCAAGUGAUAACCAUUGCAGCUGCAACUAUUGCCAUGGCAAUAUCCAUCACGGGUUUUGAGGAGCACAAGGAAGAGCUGACCACAACACAACUUCCAGCAGAGCCUGUUACAAAUGAGACACCAUCCACACCAGUUGGAAGACGAAGAAGUGACAUUGGAUCAUUUCUUAAGAGAAAGAAAACCAGCGACAUCUAUUUUGUAUUACUCGUGUGGGCCAUUAUCAUUGUUCAACUAUGGCUUCAUCUGUGGAUCAUACAGCUCCUUCCAGUACCUAUUGCAGUUUUUGCAGUUAAAAAGCUGGUGAUCCACUUUGGAGUAAUUGACUUCUUGGGGAAUCGUUUUGGCUGCUGGUGGCAUGUAAUAGAAGAGUUUAUGAGGGCACGUAAGGAGGCUUUGGCGCCUAGACCCAUUCGUGGGCUGGGAAAAUGUGUUCUGAAAGUUGAUAGUAAGAUGAUUGUUUGGUUGGAGAAAACUCUUGACAAAAUAAUAAGCAUAUUCAUUAUAUUCCUGCUUGUCAUCAGCACUCUACUUUUAGCCUUACUCUUAACAGCAAAGGUUCAUGAGGAAAGCGUGCAUAUAAUUAAAGUUACCAGCAAUCUAAUUAAUGAAACUGUUUCUAAUCAUCCGGAAUGGGCAAACUGGCUGCCUGAAGCACAAGUUAUCCAAAAGGCUCUUAACUCUGCUGCUAACAAUGUCUAUCAAUAUGGCAGAGAGUGGAUCACCAAUAAGCUACACAAAGCGCUAGGGGAAAAGGUAAACAACACAGCUAUCAUUGAGAAGCAAGUCCUAGAACUUUGGGACAGAUUGUACCACUCUUGGGUCAUUAAGAAUGUGACAAAUUCAGGCAGGCACAAGGGUCAAAAGAUGACAAUACAUCGUCAGAACAGUUGGCUGGGAGAUAUUAUGGACUGGCAGGAUAUUGCUUCUUUUGUUCAUGAGAACAUUGAAACAUUUCUAUCGAUAUUAGAAUCCCUCUGGAUUGUGAUGAGUCGGAAUUUAAGUUUACUUUUUACCUCCGUAACAACACUCUUUACAGUCAUCAUCUACAGUGGCACGGCACUUCUUAAUUUCGUCCUGUCUUUGGUGAUUUUUCUUACAACAUUGUUCUAUCUCCUGAGUUCCAGUGAUGAGUACUACAAGCCAGUAAAAUGGGUUAUAAGUCUCACACCUCUCUCUCAACCCGGCCCAUCUUCCAAUAUAAUUGGACAGUCGGUAGAAGAAGCUAUAAGGGGUGUAUUUGAUGCUUCCCUAAAAAUGGCUUGCUUCUAUGGACUAUAUACUUGGCUUACUCAUACAGUCUUUGGGAUAAAUAUUAUCUUUAUACCUUCUGGUACUUCUGGAAGAACAUUCUUUGGACAGAUGAAACCAAGAUCAACCUCUACCAGAAUGAUGGAAGGAAAACAGUAUGGAGAAGGCAUGAUACAGUUUAUGAUCCAAAGCAUACCACAUAAUCUGUAAAACACAGCAGAGGCAGUGUGAUGGUUUAGGCAUGCAUGGCUGCCAGUGGCACUGGAUCCAUAGUGUUUCUUGAUGAAGUGACACAGAACAGAAGCAGACAAAUUAAUUCUGGGGUUUUCAGUGACAUACUGUGUGCUCAAAUGCAGCCAAACUGGUCGCCGUUUCAUAAUACAGAUGGACAGUUACCCAAAGCAAAAAGCCAAAGCAACCAUGAGUUUAUUUAAAGCAAAAAAGUGGAAUAUUCUUGAAUAGCCAAGUCAGUCACCCGAUCUGAACCUAAUAGAACAUGCAAUUCACUUGUUAAAGUGAAACUUCAGACAGAAAGGCCCACAAACAAACAGCAACUAAAAACCACUGCAGUAAAGCCCUGGCAGAGCAUUAAAAAGGAGGAAACACUGCAUCUGGUUAUGUCCAUGAGUUCAAGACUUCAGGCAGUCAUUGCCAACAAAGGGUUUUCAACCAAAUAUUAGACAUUUACAUUUUAUUUA